AAAAUCCCCAUUUUCUCUCACUACAAACAUUUCCUCUUGCUGCUUUCUCUCCAAAACCCUAAUUCCGCAGGCAGGAUCCGACCCGUUUCAAUGGCGACGAACGGGCCGAAUCUGGAGUGCCGGAUGUACGAGGCGCGGUACCCGGAGGUCGACCAGGCGGUGAUGAUCCAGGUCAAGAGCAUGGCCGACAGCGGCGCCUACGUCUCGCUCCUCGAGUACAACAACAUCGAGGGCAUGAUUCUCUUCUCCGAGCUCUCCCGCCGCCGCAUUCGGAGCAUCAGCAGCCUCAUCAAGGUCGGCCGCAUCGAGCCCGUCAUGGUGCUCCGCGUCGACAAGGAGAAGGGCUAUAUCGAUCUCAGCAAGCGCCGCGUCUCCGAGGAGGACAUCCAGGGCUGCGAGGAGAGGUUCAAUAAGAGCAAGCUUGUGCAUUCGAUCAUGAGGCAUGUUGCUGAGACCAUGAGCGUUGAUCUUGAGGAUCUGUAUAUUCAUGUUGGCUGGCCGUUGUACAAGAAAUAUGGGCAUGCAUUUGAGGCAUUUAAAGUGAUGGUUAACGAUCCCAACUCAGUUCUUGAUACCCUCACUCGCGAAAUCACAGAAGUUGGUCCUGAUGGACAAGAGGUGAAGAAAGUUGUUCCUGCAAUAUCAGAGGAAGUCAAAGAUGCUUUAGUGAAAAAUAUUAGGAGAAGAAUGACGCCUCAACCUUUGAAGAUUCGCGCAGAUAUUGAAAUGAAAUGUUUUCAAUUUGACGGUGUUCUGCACAUAAAGGAAGCAAUGCGUAAAGCUGAAGCUGUUGGCAAUGACGAUUGUCCGGUUAAAAUGAAACUUGUUGCUGCUCCAGCUUAUGUCCUUACCACCCAGACUCUUGACAAGGAGCAAGGAAUCACAGUGCUUACCAAGGCAAUUCAAGCGUGCACUGAAGAGAUUGAACGCCAAAAAGGAAAACUUACUGUUAAGGAACCACCAAGAGCGGUGAGCGAACGGGAGGAUAAGCUACUCGCAGAACAUAUGGCUAAGCUAGGACAGCAAAAUGAGGAUGUCAGUGGUGAUGAAGACAGUGAAGAAGAAGAAGAUACUGGGAUGGGUGAAAUAGACCUCGAGAAUUCAGGAAUGGCUAUUACAGAGUAACUUUACCCUACCCUCCCCCCUCUUUUGCCCUUUCAAAUCUUGGAAUUUGUCUACAUUUUUGUUAGUUUCUCUCUUCCCCAAUUUUCCAACCUUGAUUCAAUGGUUUCUUUUUAAUUCUCUUCAAUGCACAUCUAUACCUGAAUUUAAAUUUUGUCCACAA